UUCGUCGCGGGAGCACCGUACGUUUUACGCCCCGUUCGCGCUCAUCGUCGCCCCCGUCCGAUAAUAAAUAACCAAAAGCCACCACAUUCUCGGCAAAAAGUCGCGGAACCGGAAGGAUCCCCAAUAGUGAAAUACGCGAAUCAAGUGAUCUAACCCCUACGGUCAUUGCAAUCCAAUUUGACAAAAAAAUAUAUAUUGAAAAGAGUAGAAACGAGAGGAGUCAGUUGCGACAAAGUGUCGACUCUCUCUGUGUGCGUAUAUGUAUACGAAUUAGUGUGUCUGUGCGAGUGUGUAUGUGUUGUGGGCCCCCCGCGACUGCUAAAAACCCGCACACUCUGGGAGAUACGAAAACACGAAAGGAUUAAGCGAUUUGUGCACAGUGCUGUGUUUACCAUUUGUAUUUAUUCAUUCAUAUUUUUUUUGUUUCUGUUGGUGCGCGUUCCAAUUGGUUUUUCAUUAAUUGUUAUUGUUGAGAGGAAGGAAUCGCGAUUGGAUAUUAGCUGCUGGAGAAGAAGUUCGGGUCGAGCCCCGACGUCUGGCGGUCGUCGCUCCGCUUAAGUGUUGACACAUAGAAACCAGUGAAUGCGCAGACGAAGGAGGAAUCCUCCCCCCGAAACAAAUAGAAAAUCUAUACAGUGCUCAUCCUGACCGUUUCGAAAAUGAUAUAAGUGUUUGUUGUUUAAAUACCGUGGAGAAACUGAGAUCGACGGAAGAGGAUUAAAAGGAUUUUCCCCAUUUGUGCCAGAAGGGAUUCGACAAAAAUAAAAAAAGACGUAGACGGAUAGAGGAAUAAAUAAAGAGAAAAAAAGUGAAGCCCCCGGUAGUUCCAGUUUUACAUCGAAAGAAUCAUUGAAAAAUUGCAUUGGUAACAUGAUCUUAAGGAUAUAAGGAAAUGUACCGCAGCAAGAUGCAAUAAAUUCCGAAGUGCGAGGAGCCCACGACUGGGAAUAGCAUGUUGCAUCAUCAUUCUUCGCUAUGUCCUGCAAACGAAGAGGAAACGCGAUAGCAGGGUAAGGACCUGCGUGUCAUGGAUAGUACCUUCAGCAACGUAUUGGAGGGGGCGCGACAAUACUUCCAAGGGCUACCUGCGGCUACGGGCGUAACCUCAGGCAGCCCAUCUACCAACAACACUCAACAACAGCAUCCACAUCAUCAUCAUCAUCAACAACAGCAUCCACAUCAUCAUCAACAACAACAACCGCAACAGCAACCUCAACAACAACCACAACAACAGUUGUUACAGCAAAACCAUCAUCACAACCAUCACCAUCCUCCGCAACAGCAACAACAUCAACAGUCCCAGCAACCGCAGCAACAGCAACAUCGGUUACCGGCACAACUUCACCACCAGCAGCAACAUCAACAGAGGUUGCAGCAUCAGCAACGACAGAAUCAAUUGAUACAGCAACAAAGAAUUCAACAGCAACAGCGAUUGCAGCAACAACAGCAACUGCACCAGCAACAGCGUCUUCAGCCUAAUAGAGAUAACGAUGGAUCUGUGCGAUCAGAGCAACAUUCUGCUGUCCCUUAUUGGGAUCAGCAGCAGAACGAAGGUCAGGGUUCACACGUGCCGAAUACCGCAAUCCACCAACCUGCCAAGCAACCGAGCUACGGACCUCAAUACCAAACCUAUUUCGAGUCCAAGAUCCAUAAGCAGCAAUCGGUGCAACAGCAGCAACAACCAAUUCAGCAGCAACCGCCACAACAACAACAGACUACCCCAUCGUAUCCGCCGCACUCCUACCAGCAGACCUAUCCCGCCUAUUCCAAAUACCACUCCUCAACAACAAACAAUAGUAACUCAUUUUCUAGUCUUAUCCCCCCAUACACAAAUUAUAAACCUUAUACGAGCAGCGGUGCUGGCGGACCAGGAGGUGGAGGCGGGAGCGGCAGCAGUAGCAGCAGCAAUAGCCAAGCAACGAAUUAUUAUCAGCAAGAUUACAGGCAGAAACACUACCAGGCGGAAACUGCUAACCAAUAUUAUCAGCAGAAUACACCCAUAUCUUACUCCAAUGCCCCCCAGGCCUUUGCCCAGAAGCCGCCGACGACGGCGCAGAGCUACCAUCCUCCACAAAAAUCUGUUCCUACCACGCCACAGAAGUUGCUUACCGCCAAGCAGAAACGCGAGUCGCCUCUGGAUCUGUCCGUGAAAACAGUGAAGACGACUGCAGACUCUACUCAUAUCGACUACGAUGACCGCAAGUACAGGCAGCACAACCCGCAAUACCAACCGCCGCCGCCGAGGGCUCCCAAAAUCGACUUCUUGCCGAACUUUGGUGGCCCCCAGAACUAUUACAGAUAUCCGAUGGCAUCGACGGCUACAGCACCACUGCCCCGAAUGGACUUUCCAACGAAACGUCCGCAAGAGUUCCUACCCUCUCAAGUUCCCGAGAAAAUUCCGAAAAUGGAGUCCUGGCGGCAAACCAUUGACCAGCAAAUCGAGCAGAAACUGUCUUCUUACGAGUUCCAGCGUAAAGUGCCGCCAGUUAUGAUGAUGCCGUCGCAACACCAGACAUCGCAGGCGAUGAACACGCAACACCCACCGCCUCAACCGUUGUUACCUCAGCAGCCGCACCCGCAUCCACAACAGGGGGCGAAGAAAGCAACUAAGAAUGUGCUUAACAUACUGCGUACGAGCCUUCAGAACAAAGGUGCCAGAAAGUUGGAACAAGAGCAACAGUUGAUGAGGCAGAUUCAACAGCCGACGACGGAGGUGAUGGCCCCGUUGCAGCCGAAACUUGGUAUCGUCGGUCGUAGGAACAUUUCGCCCUUUACAGCAGUCAGCUUGGAGCGGACCUCGAACACUCCCCCGUACAAACCGAGCAUUCCUAAGGCGGUUGAUUCCGUCAAGGAUCAGUCCACAGAUCUGGAUGGCCUAGCCGCAUUCCUUGCUGCAAGGAUCCGUACAAAGGCCGAACUGAAACAGGUGGAGGAGACGGUAAACAAUAACGCUAGUCCGCCAAAGUUGAUCCACUCGAAGAUGCGCACGGAUAUCCGAAGCUCAUCGGAGACUAGUGUUUUCGACUUCCAAGAUAGCGACAACGAAAUGCCAGUGCUCGAAAGGCAGAGUCUCGUGGAGAUGCGUAAGGAUCGGAAGACCGUACCUAACCAGAUCCAGCUGCCACCCAGUCCAACGGACGAACUCUUCAACAGUGCCUGCGAUCAGUUCUUAGAGCAAUUGCGAAGUCCAUCGAAGAAACCUGCCAAGCCCAAGGCGAAGCCGAUGAAGAUGAAAGUGAAGAGUGAUUCCGAUUCGGAUGCUCCACUUAGUCAAUUGACUACGAGCUCCGCAACGAUAACGUCGACGAUCAAGAAGGAGCAAGAACAGGAGGAGGAUGAGACAAUUAGUAAAUCUGUUGAAGUGAAACCGAAAUUCAAAUUGUGGGAUGAAGACAUUAAGCCGAAUUUACUCGUAACUAAGCCGGCGAAAAAACCAACAUUUGGCGAUGGAUCCGCCUUCCAACCGGGAUGGGAGGAGGAUUUGUACAGGUACAAAAAGUCGCUGCGGAUGCCGAGGAUGCUGAUCAAGGUGUCGAGGCCGCCCAACAUGCAUCGAAUAUCGACCUCGCUGCCGGACCUGGACCCAUAUCCCAUAUCCCCUACAAACUGUGAUUUCAAAAAGGACAGUGAUCUCGAGUCGAACUAUAGCUUUGCAAACGAUUCAGAGACUUCGCUGCGCAGCUCCUUCAUCGAUAAGCUGCUCGAAAGGUACGGCGGUAGAAAAAGGAAACGUCUCAAAGCCGAUGCUCCUAAGAUUAUCCAGCCUCCGAAAAACUCGUCGCUGGUACGAAUACUCAAGGAGAAGGCAACCAUUAGGGAGGUGUUUGGAGAGGACCGACCUGCCUCGGCACCGCCUAUAACGUGUGUCGAUGAUCUGGUGGCGCCAGAGGAUGAGGAAGAGGUUGUUAAAGGAAAGGAAAACGAUAGCGUUUGGACCAAAAAGCAGCCUACGAUUAGCGUUGUAGUCAAGAGCGGUACAGAUAAGAAGCGAGGCAAGCGAAAAUUCAGCUCAGGUUUCGACUAUAUAAGAAAAAAGAAAAAGCCCGUGAAGAAGGAGGACGUGGUGAAAACCGAACCAAACGAAGAAAUCGGGAAGAGGCCAAGGGGUAGGCGGAGUUUGGGCGCAAAGACGAAAAUCCCUUCAUCCGUCCAAGAGAUUCAGAAGGAGAUCAAGACGUGGGUACUGAACAAAGGGGUCGGCGAAACGCAACUCCACAGGGCGUCGCGUUCCGGUUUUACGGAUAUAGCGGCGUACUGCCUAGAGAAGAUUUCCUGCGAUCCUUCGCCGAAGGACAAUGCGGGAUACACACCACUGCACGAGGCUUGCUCAAAAGGGCACUUGGAUAUUGCGAGGCUUCUGUUGCAAUACGGAGCUCUAGUCAGCGAGUCUGCGCAAGGGGGAAUAAGGCCGCUACACGAAGCUGCGGAGAACGGAUUCGUGGAGAUCGUGAGGCUGCUGCUCUCGUACGGCGCAGACCCGUCCCUCGCAACCUACUCAGGCAUAACACCGAUACAGCUGGCCGUGGACGAUGCCACGGUCUCGCUCCUGCAACAACAUUUGCACGAGCUCCAAGGAAAACCUAUGCCGGCUUGGAGGUACAGCGGGCCGGCCGAUCUCUUCGAUGACCCAGACGUUGGCUUUGAUACGCUGGCCGGUGCACCGGAGGGUGAUCCCAUUCCGAUGGAAGAAGACAUUGAGAUGGAGAUCAGCGAACAGAUGCUGCCAAAUCUGUACGCGCUUCCUGAUUGCGAAUCGGAGCGCUGGGUGCUUCUUCAGGACCUCUCAAACAUCCUCAAGAUAAAAUCAAAAGAAACGCUGUUGCGUCAACUCAAUAACAAUCCUAGUAGCAGUAGUGCUAGUUCUAGCUCUGGUAAUAAUAGCAGUACUAGUGGUGGUGCGGAACGUGGCAAUAGUAGUAGUAACAGCGGUGAUAUCAGGGAAAUGAAGAUGACAGAGUUCCUGGAGCGGGCCAGGUGCUGCCAGUUCUUGAAUGCCAACGAGAAACUGAGCACACGCUCCUCCAAGAUUCUCUUGGUGAGGUAUACGGACAAAGUGAAACGGUUACUCAACGUCGAGGAAGAGGUCAUUACCGGCAGGUGACCGCACGCCGACUAAGCGAACGCUAAUUCUUCCUUCGCGACGUCAUCACCAUCAUAAUACCCAAACUAGAACCAUCAAUCAACUAACGAAUAAAUUAUUUUUAACGUCAAGAAAAAUUAAUACUA